UCAUGUGGAUGCAAGCCACCUGCCCCUCUUCCCCUCCUUUAUACACCAGGAGACCGACCAGAACCCUAGCUCCUUCCUCCCUCGUCCGCGCCGCCACUCUCCAUCCUUUCCCGUAAGCAUCUGAGAGGGUUUUUCCCGUCGCCGCCGUCACCCGCCGCCGUCGCCAUGGUCCACCUCGAGCCGACCUGAGCACGGGAACGGAACCGCGUCGUCCUCCUCUUCGUCCUGGACGUCUUCCCGAAGUCGAGCGCCGCCCGCAGCUGCUCGAGUUCUUCCGCACGCCGUCGACGUCUACCCCGGCCUCCCUUUCUUCUUCGUCUCCGGCAACGUCCCCACCGCUCCUCCUCGUCUCCAACCACACCUAGACGCCGACGCAGAGCAGUUCGAGCAGGAGUACGAGCACCCCCUAGAGGAUCGUGUCGGUGCUUCUACCUCUGAUCUGACAGGGACACAUGCAGCCCCGCGUCUCAUUGACGCCCCUAUCAUUGAAGAUGAAGAAGCAGAAGCGGCUGCAAUUUUGGCUCAAAUCGAGGGAGAUGCUGUCAUGGAAGAUUGUGAAGCAAAUGUGGCUCAAGGCAAUGGAGGUGCCGAUGAAGAUAAUGAUUCUGAUGUAGAAGAAUUAGAAGAAGAAGAAGAAGAAGAAGAAGAAGAAGAAUCAGAAGAAGAAGAAAAAUUAGAAGAAGACGAAUUAGAUGAUGAAGAAUUAGAUGAUGAUGGUGAUAAUCAUAAUUAUGAAGAUGAAGAUGUAUUUCUUGGAUUUUCUGACCAGCGCACUUGGUUCCUGGCACCAAUGAGAGCAGAGUCCAUUACUGGUGAAUCUGAUCUCGCGUGGAUUCAGGUUAAGGGUUAUCAGCCCAUCCUCGGUCCUCCAAUAUUACAUAUGGGUAACAAGAUGAGGUCUUAUCCUUUGGUACGGUGCUACGUUUUCUUGAGAUCUGCCCAUACCUUGGACCCUGUAGAAGAGGCAAGGUGGGAAAGAUUGAACAAUUUGAAGGGGCAUUCUUUAUUUCUUGGACUCAAUCACCCAAUUUUCAUGCUACCCCCACCAAUCGACGCAGAGGCUGCAGAACCAGAUUUCCAAUUAUUCAUACCUGAUUGUGUCUUUGCUACCCACAAUCGCGCCCGUGAUACAUGGAUACGUCCAAGGCCAAAUUGGUGCAGAAUGCAUGUCAAUGGAGGUCCUGCCAUAGGCUCAAGAUUGCAGUACAAAAAAGAGAAGAUUGAACAUAGAGCCGAAGCACCCAUGUGGUUCGUCCCAACACUUCCACCUGUUUUUCCUUGAGAAAUAAGAGACGGAUGGUGACCUUAUUUUAUAGAGAAAACAUAGUGUUUGUGAACUUAACCUCAUGAACAUUCGCUGUUUGGUUUUUGGUGAAAUCAAAAUUUUGCAGAGAUGAAGAUCUUUGUUUGAA